CGACUCCCUCAUACCAAACAACGUCUCCUAACACGGCUUGCGUCUGCCCGUCUCCCUCCAUCUCGCCGCCUGUCCCUUCUAAGUCGCUAAAAGACAGCUGCGAUGCCGUAAAUCGCCUUCCACUCCUACGGCGGCCAACAAUCGUCACGACAACAUGGCCUCGUACGAACAGCUCGCGUUCCUGAUGAUGGGAGGCGAGCAAGACAUAGACGGGGGAACCGGCUGGCGCUUUGGCAGAAUCGUCUUGAUCCUCACCGGCGUCUCUUCUCUCGUGGCCUGCAUCCUCACUCUCCUAUCCACACUCAUCCAGGCCAAAAACUACCGCAAACCCCUCCUCCAACGCCAUGUCAUCCGCAUCUUCAUGAUGGUCCCCAUCUUCGCCGCCGCCUCCUGGGCCUCCCUCACCUCCCUCCGCGUCGCCUUCUGGAUCGGCCCGUUUCGCGACGUCUACGAGGCCUUCACCCUCUACACCUUCUUCCAGCUGCUCGUCAACUUCCUCGGCGGCGAGCGCAGCCUGAUCAUCAUGAUGCAUGGCCGCCCCCCGGUCUCGCAUCUGUGGCCCCUGGAUCUGAUGCCCGGCAUGGGCAAGGUGGACAUCUCCGACCCGCACACCUUUCUGUGGAUCAAGAGGGGCAUUCUACAAUACACUUGGAUCAAGCCGUUGUUGGCCAUUGCCACAGUCGCCAUGAAAGCCACUGGCACCUUCAAAGAGGGCGUCAUUAGCGCGAGCUCGGGCUACUUCUGGACCAGCUUGAUCUACAACGUCAGCAUUGCCUGGUCCCUCUACGACCUCGCCCUCUUCUGGGUCUGCAUGAGCACUGAUCUGCAACCCUUCCGCCCCAUGCCCAAAUUCCUGUGCAUCAAAGGCAUCAUCUUCGCGAGUUGGUGGCAAGGCUUCUUCCUCAGUAUUCUCGUCUGGCUAGGCGCCAUCCCCAGUCUGGGCGGCGACUACACCUCCGACAAGACUGCCUCCGCCAUCCAGGAUGCGCUCAUCUGCUUCGAAAUGCCUCUAUUCGCUAUUUCCCACUGGUAUGCAUUCAGCUGGAAGGACUACGCCGAUCGCACCAUCUCCGACGCUCGCAUGCCCAUGCGCUACGCUUUCCGCGAUACCUUUGGGCCGCGAGAUUUGAUCGAGGACGCGAAGGAGACAUGGUCGGGCCAGAAGUAUGACUACCGCAAUUUUGACGCAGAUGAUAAUGUCAUUGGCCAUGAGCAGUCGGCGAGUCGAAGGGCGCGGAUGAAGGAAGGCAUGAGGUAUGAAAGGGACGGCAGGGGCAAGUAUUGGAUCCCGGCUGCUGGGGGCGAGAACGCGAAGCAGCCGCUUCUGAGUCGGCUCGUGGAUAGCCAUGCCCGGACUAUGAGCCCGGGUGAUGGAGGACGCAGUCGAUCGAGGAGUCAGUCCAAGGGGUACGGAACCAACAUGGCAUUCGAAGAGCCCGAGCUGAACUCCGAAGAGGAGCGGCUGUACGAGAAUGCCCGAGCGCUGGAGUUUGGCGAUUGGAACUACCCCGUCAUGGACGAACACUUAGCGACGCGCGAAGACCGCCUGCGCGCCGAGCCGAACAUAAUCACCGGCUCCACCAACCGCGCCAUCCUCCAACCCAGCAAAAACCAGCGCCAACGUCGCAAAUCCCGCAUAAAGUCUCUCCAAGAAGACUCAGCACAGCACAACAAACCCGGCUCCUCCUCCGACGACCAACACCGCGACAGCGAGACAAGCAACGGCAGUGCCAGCGGCUUACUAUCCAAAGGCAAAGAGCGCCUCGAAGCGCUCCCCGUCGUCGGCAAGCUGCUCCGCUCCUCCUCCGAGGAAAGCACGCAUUCCCGCUCCUCGCAGCUCGUCGAUCUCGUGGUGGAAGACAAGCAAGCGGAAGCUAUUGAGCGCGUGCGCGCGAGGAAAGAAGGUGGGCCAGGUUGGAAUGCCGUCGAGCCGAGGUAUUUCGUCCAGACGUUCCCCGACGAGGACGCGAACGGGGAAGCGGUGGAGGAGGUGCGGCGCGGCUUCAAUCCUGAUCGUCCUGAGAAGGCGGCUGUGGGCGGUGAGACGCAUACGCUUGAUGAUGAGGGGAGGGAUGUGGCUGGUCAGGCGGUGGAGGACCAGGAGGGGGUGGAUGAGACUGGAGCUGCGCAGCCUUGGGAGACGAGGAGGUAUGAGGGGGUUGCGGAUGAGGAGAGGGAGGUUUGGGGUGGGCAUGGGGGUGCUGAGGAGGGGAGGUGA